UAAAACUAUACAGUAUUAGAUGAAAACGAAACACUAAACAAAAGGGUCCAUAAAUUAGUAAUAAGACGCGCUUUUGUGGGUGUAAUAUAAAGUUAGGCUUGAACGUUUGGCUAAUUCUCUCUCUCGGUCCGUACGUGCUAAGAUCUUAAAUCGAUUACAGAGGUCCUCUUCUUCUGAUAGUAAUCUUCUUUAAGCCCAUGGCUAAUCGCUAUGAUCCGAACCCAUUCGCUGAGGAAGAAGAAGUCAAUCCUUUCGCUAAUGAUGGGAGUGUUCCAGCUGCAUCGAACUCAAGACUCUCGCCUUUGCCUCCAGACCCUGUUGGUUUCGACUAUGGUCGAACCGUUGACAUUCCUCUUGGCAAUGACAGAUCCGGUACACAGAAUUUGAAGAAGAAAGAAAAGGAACUUCAAGCCAAAGAAGCUGACCUAAGACGACGGGAGCAGGAGGUGAAACGGAGAGAAGAUGCUGCUGCACGAGCUGGAAUCACUACUGAAGUGAAAAACUGGCCGCCAUUCUUCCCACUUAUCCACCAUGACAUUGCCAAUGAAAUCCCGGUUCAUCUCCAAAGGCUACAGUAUGUUACCUUCGCAACCUAUUUGGGGUUGGUCCUUUGUCUAUUCUGGAACAUUAUUGCCAUUACUACAGCUUGGAUCAAAGGAGAAGGAGUGACGAUAUGGCUUCUUGCCCUCAUUUACUUCAUAGCGGGUGUCCCAGGAGGCUAUGUGUUAUGGUAUCGCCCUCUAUACCGUGCCUUCAGAACUGAUAGUGCAUUGAGCUUUGGAUGGUUUUUCAUGUUCUAUAUGCUCCACAUUGUUUUCUGUGUAUUUGCUGCGGUUGCUCCACCUGUUGUCUUUAAAGGAAAAUCUCUUGCUGGGAUUUUACCUGCAGUAGAUGUCUUAAGCGGUAAUACAUUGGUUGGGAUAUUCUACUUCAUUGGGUUUGGGUUUUUCUGCAUGGAAUCAGUCGUCAGCAUCUGGGUUAUUCAGCAAGUCUAUAUGUACUUCCGAGGUAGCGGGAAACAAGAUGAGCUGAGACGAGAAGCAGCGAGAGGAGCCUUGAGAGCUGCCGUAUGAGUGCUCUGUGUAACAUUUUGGUUUGUACGUAGAUUUCACUGUUUCCUUUUUCAGUUUCUGUCACAGACUCGUCACGUCUCUCUGUUUUGUAAGCAAAAAAGAUUCAUUUAUGCCUUUUAUAUCAUGUAAAUUUGUGCUUGUUCAAAAAGUCAAGAAUUCAGAUUCACAUUAUAAUUAUUUUUUGUGUUUCUA